AUGCAUGAAGAACGUCCAGCGGAAGAUUAUAAUGAUGAUUUUCCAUUCAAUGGUUUAUUUUCCUCAAGUGAAAGAAUCUUCGUUGAUUUCGAUCGACUUGUCUCCAACUUCUCAACUACAUUUUCAAUUCCUUCACAUGAUUUUAACAAUGAAAAUCCUAGACCAUCAACUAGUCUACGUGAUGAAGUUCUUAAACAAGAGUUUCUAAAUAAUCAGUAUGGUGAUGAAAAUCUUGAUUCUACUAUAGAAUAA